AUGCCGCCAGGCGUGGCUUCUCUAGAGGACAUUUUGGGUCUGCAACGCCUGUCUGACAACUCCCUUUCUCCUCUCCUCCUCACCCCCUCCUCCUACGUUACAGCCCCCAUGCGCAACGGCGCCCAAGACAACAACGCGGUGACCUGCCGCAACCCACAACGAGUGGGGUGGGCGGACCCCGAAAUGUCACUUAACUCCUUCAUUCUCGAUACCAUGCCUAGCCUGCUGGUUCUAGCAGGGAUCAUGGAGAAAAAUGGGGGCUACGGCGGGGAUCUAGCCGGCUCCGGGUUCGGAAGCGAAGGUCUCCUUGUGCCACCCGACGAGGAAGAAGACGACUCCCGUGCCCUGAGGGUCGCGCUGGGCCAGCUGUCUCUACUGGGGCUUGGUGAAGGCGAGGACGGUGGCGGGGCUCCUGGAACGGGAGUACAGGAUCGGAGUAACAAUAACAAUAACCAUCACAACCAUACCAAUAAUAUUGGCGGAGGUGGUGGUGACACAGGGCUUUUGCAAGGGAAGAACAAGUUAUGUGUCCUGUACGAGGGUUCUUCAAGUGAGACGAAAGGACGAGGCUGCAACAUAACAGAAUGCGUCCCCGUGCCCAGCUCAGAACAUGUGGCCGAAAUAGUGGGGAGACAAGGUUGCAAGAUCAAAGCCCUGCGGGCCAAGACCAACACCUACAUCAAGACCCCCGUGAGGGGCGAGGAGCCUGUGUUUCUCAUCACGGGCCGAAAGGAGGAUGUGGCCCUGGCCCGGCGCGAGAUCAUCUCUGCCGCCGAGCACUUCUCCAUGCUCCGAGCGUCCCGGAACAAGCUUGGUGUGUCCUUCAGCGGUUCCCCGCCUGCGCCCCUGCCAGGCCAGACCACCAUCCAGGUGAGGGUGCCCUACCGCGUGGUGGGGCUGGUGGUGGGGCCCAAGGGUUCCACCAUCAAACGCAUCCAACAGCAAACCUGCACCUACAUCGUCACCCCUAGCCGAGACCGUGACCCUGUCUUCGAGAUCACGGGAUCACCCAGCAACGCCGAGAGGGCCCGUGAGGAGAUCGAGGCGCACAUCGCAUUCCGAACGGGAGGUCUGCACGACCACAACAACGAGAAUGACUGCUUGGGGCUGGAUGGCGGCAGCCCAGUAGGCUCCGGGGGUCUGGAGAGUCGCCUGCAGCAGGUGUGGGGUCUGCAGGGGGGGCAGCGCAAGCCAUUGACCAGUAGCUUCCGCCAGAACUUCUCAGAUGCCAUGGUUGGAGGAGGGGAAGGAGGUGGGGUAAUCUUCAGCAAGGGCAACUUCAACAGCCCUGGAGAGAAGCCCUGCUCCUACUUUGGCUCAGAGGGCACCCAGAGUUGGGGAGACCCAGACUACCCAAAACAGGUGGCUUUCUAUGCCCAGCAGCGCUCCAAGAGCUUUGGAGGCCUGCCCCUAACCAGACUCUCUCCAGGCCUUUCUGACCCCUGUGGAGGGAACAACGACAACUCCUCGGGCACCAGCAUCACUAUUCUGUCUGGCUCGCCUCAUGCCCAGGCCCGCCGUGCCCACAGCGAGCCAACCUCGGGCGUGGGGUUCCCUGGACGCCUCCCUGUACCGGACUCGCCACCGGCCAUCCUCCGGGACUGCAUGACCUGCUUCGAGAGCAAAGUGACGGCCGCCCUGGUGCCCUGCGGCCACAACCUCUUCUGCAUGGAGUGUGCCAUCCGCAUUUGUGAGCUCAACCAUCCAGAGUGCCCGGUGUGCCACACCCUGGUCUCUCAGGCUAUCCGAAUAUUCUCCUAA